UCAUCCCCUUUUUUUAAUUUUAUUAUCGAUCUUAAUUUCAGCAAUGGCGUCCAGAUGCAGCCGAAUUUUCCAGAGAUCCGCCAUUUCUACACUCAAAUCCGCCAUCUCCAAACAAGCUUCUUCCUCCUCCAGAUCAGCCACGGCGGCGCCGACGAGGCCCCCUCUCCCUUCCAAAUCAUCUCCAUCUCCCAUUCCUAGAUUCUCUCUCUCUAGGACACCGUCGGAGUUGGGCGGCGUGGCGUCGAUGCUGCCGCUGCACAGCACGGUGGCUAAUGCGAGGAUGACGUCAUGUCUGAGCACAUCAUCUCGGAAUUGCCGGGCUCUUUCUCAGGGUACACUCUGCUGCACUUCUCCAGAUCUCUAGCUAGCACAUGAGUUUCCAAAUGCUUGAAAGAAAUACAAGAAUUUGCAAGAGCUAGGUCUGUCUGUUCCGAGGUGACCAUCAUAGCAGAUUUGCAAUGUUAUCCGUCUUCUUCGUUUGAGUGGAACAAAGGCAGGGCAUACAUUUAGCUGGAGUUUCCAAGACAUUAUUAAUAUAAACUCAUUCCAGUGUACUUAAAUACGAAGAUGUUUUUUUUGGUUCUAUUUCGAUUGGCUGGAAAAACUUUAUUUUAAUUUUUCCCUUUCUGAUUAAUAUUCUAUGGUUAAUGGUUCUAAGUAAGAUCCACAUUUUCUGUCAA